AUGGGGCAGCCGCAUCAGCAGCAGCAGCAUCACCAUAAUAGUACGUUUGUGCAAUACGCUGAUAUUGAUACCAAUAACGCUGAUGCAUCAUUUACACCGCGCUGCCUUCAGCCGCAGCGCCGUGUAUAUUUUAAAAUCAUGGAGCACAUUAUGUCGAGAUUUCAAUCAAUGGACACUUCUCCGCUGUCGUUUGUUCCAUCACCAUAUCUUCUACCAGCAGCAGCUUUUGCAGCUUCAUCAAAGUCGCCCUUGUCAACGUCAUCAUCAUCGGGUUCAAGCCCGACAGCUUCGUCCAUGCCCAAGCCCAAACGUUGGGGUUCUCCGCCAGUUAAUCUAGCAGGGCAAUUUAUCAAUCCGGCCACAGGAAAGAAACGCGUCCAAUGUAGCAUCUGUUUUAAGACUUUCUGCGAUAAGGGAGCUCUGAAGAUUCACUUCUCGGCGGUGCAUCUGCGUGAGAUGCACAAAUGCACAGUCGACGGUUGUAAUAUGGUAUUCAGCUCGAGGCGUUCCCGCAAUAGACAUAGUGCCAAUCCAAAUCCUAAAUUGCAUUCGCCUCAUAUUCGCCGCAAGAUCUCGCCUCAUGACGGACGAACAGCUCAGCAAUUUCCACCGCUUCUCUUCCAAACACCGUUGAUGCCGUCGGGAGCUCCUGGUGGUGGGAUGUAUUCAUUUGACAGAUUCGCUCCUUAUCCUGCCUACCCACAUGGACCCGCUGGAAUGUUCUCCGGGCUGAGUGCUGGAGAAGUGUGCCCCUUGCCAGCGAAUAGUGGAGGAAGUAGUAGUCAUAGCAGCUUCAGUGAUGACUACAAGAUCGGCGGUUCAGAUUCAGAUGAGGAAUGCAGGGAUGAAUUGAUGGUUUCCGUAGAAGAAGAAGAUGAAGAGGACUAUGGCGAAGAACUUCACAUGGCCGACGAAGAGGAAGAACCAGAACCCGUACCACAGGAUGACAAUCAGCCUCUUGAUUUCUCAGUGAAGAGACGAAUUUCCGAAGAUCGUUUAAGUCCGCCUCUGACAUCCCACAGCGGAGGGGAUGAAACGACCUCAACAGUUGAAAUUAAAUCAAGCCGUCCCGUAAAACUCUCAGGAAGCUUCUCCGUCGAUAAUCUGCUAAGUAAGAAAAUAAAAACCGAACAAAUAGCCGAGUCAGUUGGACUGCUGGAUUUAUCAGUCAAACCUUCCAAAGAACAAACACCACCAACCACCGCCCCCUCCGGACUCAUAGACCAGGGCAAUCCUGCAAUGUGGAACAUUCUCUCUGAAGUCUACCGAUCCAUGCUUAUGAACAACAGUCUGAAGGCACAAUACAGUGAGUUGCAGUCGAAUUCAACAAUCUCUGUUUAAGAGACCGCUAUAUAGUUUAGUGUUUAGGCGACUCUUGUUAUCCUAUUGUUGUUGACUUAUUGUGUAACUUCUGAUGUAUUAUAUUAUUAUAUUAUUAAAGUACAUAAAAUGCCUAUACAUAUAUAUUCAUUAUAUACAAAUCGUAUCCAUCGAAUUACCUACGAAAGUAUUAUCUAAAGUUGUAUUUCCUAUUAAAUAUAAAAAAGAAUCUUUUUUUGUUUUUGUCGACUGUAAGGAUGUGCAAUAAUAUACAAAAAAAAUAAUGGGCCGUCCGAUUUUUAAGCUUUUUUGUUUUAUUAUUUUGUUCUGUAUAUAAAAA